AAUAUCGCAUUAGGGAAAUCACCCUGCCACCAGUGGAAGCUCAAUGUGUUUGUUACAUUGCAACGCACUGAUAGUUUGCGCCAGUCGUUCAGAUAGAAGCAUAUAUCCAUAGCGCGCCUCUCCAGCGUCAUCACCACAGACAGAGACCAGUGCUGACAAAGCAGCGCCUCGCUGCCCUGCCCCGCCGCUGCAUGGACAGCCAGCACAAUGGCAGAGGAUUUGGGGGGUGCCUCUGUUUUAGCAACAACAGGUCGCAUAGAUAAUCCCGCCACAGCCGAGCCAGCCGUGUUUACCCUCUUGUAGUUACGACGAUUAGAGCGCCGCUGUCGGCUCGCAGGGCUUGAUGAGGGAGGAGAGAGAGUCGAGCGGGGCUUCUCGUCCUUACAAUACCGAUUGAGAGGGAAACGCAAAGCAGCGUGGAACGGGUGGACUGUGGCUUGGGGUCCUUCAAAAUGGAUAUAGAUCCCUGCUUCCGCUAUUAUUUCCAGCACCCAUGGUCCCGUCUGUUCGUGGCCUACCUCGUCACCUUCUGCAACUUCCUCAUCUUCGCCGAGGACCCUGUCUCCCACAGCCAGACGGAGGCUCACAUGAUCGUGGUGGGAAACUGCUUCUCCUUCAUAGUGAACAAGUAUCCUGGCGGAGGAUGGAGCGUCCUGAAAGUCAUGUCGUGGCUGAUGGCCAUUGUCACCGGAAUGUUUGCCGGGAAGUUCAUAUUCCACCGCAGGCUCUUUGGUCGUUAUCUGCGUCUGAAAAUGUUCCGUGAGGAUCACGGCUCCUGGAUGACCAUGUUCUUCAGCACCAUCCUUUUCCUCUUCAUCUUCUCACACAUCUACAACCUGAUCCUCCUGAUGGCAGGAAGCAUGGGGCCUCACAUGGUGACAGAGUACAUGGGUAUCAGGAACGAGAGCUUCAUGAAGAUUGCAGCAGUGGGGACGUGGAUGGGGGACUUUGUGACUGCGUGGAUGGUCACUGACAUGAUGCUCCAGGACCAGCACUACCCAGACUGGGGCAAAGCUGCCAGAAGGUUCUGGAAACAAGGCAAUCACAGGAUAAUCCUCUUCUGGACGGUCCUGAUCACUCUGACGUCGGUGGUGUUGCUGGUCAUCAGUACUGACUGGAUCAGCUGGGACAACCUGAACCGUGGCUUUCUGCCUAGCGACGAGGUCUCCAGGGCCUUCCUGGCUUCCUUCAUCCUGGUCUUUGACCUGCUCAUUGUCAUGCAGGACUGGGAGUUCCCUCAGUUCAUGGGCGACCUUGAUAUGAACCUGCCUGGCAUGUCCACCACACAGCUCAAGUUCAAACUUCCUGUGUGCAAGAGCAUCUUCAAAGAGGAGUACCACAUUCAUAUCACAGGUAAGUGGUUCAACUACGGCAUCAUCUUCCUGGUGUUGAUCCUGGACCUGAACAUGUGGAAGAACCAGAUCUUCUACAAGCCCUACGAGUACGGCCAGUACGUUGGUCCAGGGGAGAAGAUCUUCACCGUGGAGGAGCCCCACACCCUGGGUGACUUCAACCGCAGCACGCUCACCUACAAGUGGCGCUCCAGCAACGUAGAUCCGCUGACCAACCAUUCGUAUGUCCAUCGGGACAUGUUCCUGCACAGCCGCUACGUGGGCGCCAGCCUGGACAUCAAGUGCCUGGCCUUCAUCCCCAGCCUGGCUGCCUUUGUUCUCUUUGGCUUCUUCAUCUGGCUGCUGGGACGUUUCCAGGACAGCGAGACCUUCCCGGAGAGCCAGGUGGACAAGACGUACGAGAGGAUUAAGAGGAAGUCUCCAUCGGAGUAUAGUAAGGACAUGGGGGUCACGCCAGAGGAGGUGCACAUCUCUAUGAGCGAGACGCUCAAACGUUCCGGAACCCCCAUGCUGCUGUCAGUGGACGGGCACUUGGCUCCGCACACCGCUAGCUCCACCAACUCCAUCUCGCCUGUUUCCACGGAGACCCAGGAGACGCACCCCAGCAUAGUCAUUGACAGCGCGGAGACGGGAGAACCAGCGGUUUCCUUUGAAGUCAGUAAACUGUCACCACCCUGACCUUACUGCCCUUAGGGGAAAUACUGCCACUGUCUGCUGCUGACAGACACAUAGCCUGAAGGGAGGGCACGAGACCAGAGAAUAGAGACUAAGACCAAACUGAAAGACAAUUUCAGUCCAGAUCUUUUCAGUCUGGGUGGAUAUUGAACACAACACUGAUUGAGUGUUCCUACAGCAGAGGAUGUAGCUACACUGGCCUCUUGGGUUCUUCUGGACUAUUUGGUUUUGCGACCAGUCUUUUUGUAAGACCGUGUUUUUAAGAUCUCUAAGGUGACACCAACACAAUGACAAACAGGUUAUUUUGAACCUCCCUCACUGCAAAGUCAUAUUGUCAACAUGGUGCUAUCGCUUGAUUUGACGUUUUUCUAAUAGCACGGUGUAUUUUCUUAUUGUGACGCAUUUUGGUGCCUAUGUGGGAGAACUACUUCUACAGUCGAUCGUGACCUCGGGACUAUAAGGCUCUCUCGGCGCAAAGAAUAGUUCUGAGAUAUUGAGCAUGAAAGUUUUCACAUUCCAGAUCUCAGAACUGUUUUGUAGUGAAUUCUUCAUUCUUAAGGUCCUCACCUUAAAGGUACCUAAAUUGCAGAGUACCAAAAUCCUAAGAUAUUUGUAAAUCUUUUUUUUUUUUUUUUUUAGGGGGGUGCAAACGCAGAUAGAACCUUAUGGUUCUGAGAUGUCAAUCUGGCUUCAGCCAUAAGAAUCUAUCUGCCACAGAAUGUUGCAAUUAUUUCAAUUUCAAAAGAAAAGUACAAUCAUGUAAGGAUUAAAUAAAGAGAAUACCCUUCUUUCCAAUCACAUCAUCAAAUAUAUGAAUUAAUGUUCAUCACACAUCUGAUAGUUCACUAAAAUGACAAAUACAAUAUAUCCUAAUAGCAUCAUUGGUCUGGAUGAGUAAACAGACAUAUUUUUCUGGUCUCUGACACCCAAAGUCAUUAAACUACUUCCUAGUUAUCAAUCAAAUGUGUUACUGUACGUUAGUAAUUUUGGUAAAAUACUCCUUCCAUGGAGGUUUUUCGUAUUGAUAUAGAACAAGAUAUAAACAGCAAUGCCUCUCCAAGGGGCCUUAAACAUGGUCUAAGGCUCCUGUGGUUAUUUUUAUUUUUUUUACCAUAAAGGGCAUAAAAAUCUGUCAUUGCAAAAGAGGACCAGAACCUAUGAUAUCAAUAAUCGAGGACUUUGGGCUAUAAGUUUCUAUCUGCAAAAUGUAUGGUUUUGAGAUAAGUAUUUUUCACGUCCCAUAUUUCAAGACUGUUUUGUGAUGUCUUCCUCUUAAACAACAAUAGUUUUUGAUUGACAACCCAGUCUUGUGUGUUUGGAUUGCAGAUAGUACCUUACAGCGCCAAGUUCAAAGGUGCGCAGAUAAAACCUUCAGAUAUUCUUUCCAUGGUGAAUGGACUUUUUCACAAUUCAGACAUAUUUUACAUGUGAAGGACCUAAAGUGCAACUCUUUUGUGAAUAAUUAGUUUAAAACCUUAUAGUCCCAAGGUCUCGCGAUGCAUGACACCCAAUUGUCAUGGCUAGUUUAUUGUAACACUGCAGUUUUACAGCUGAAGAGGUGGCCUUGAUAACCCACAUCCACUAAAGGACCCACGUCCAACAUACAGUAUUAUAGCUUACAGUCUAUAGCUGCAGCAAAACAAAUGAUGUCUGAUAGUAUGUGUCUGUCUUGUUCAUUUUCAGUGUUUCACUUGAUUACGUUUACCUUUUCAGACUUCAUGACUGAUUUAUCAAUUCAUUUGUCAUCCUUGAUAAUUCUCACAUAUCCUGUCUUCAUGCGUUUAUUUUCUUGUAGUCAUAGAAAUGACUGGAUUGCUAAGCCUCAUGAUGAUGAUGAUAAUAAUGCUAUCAUGAUGACCUAUUUAUUUUCUGGAUGUAAGAUAGCUCCUAGGCAUCAUCUAUUUUCAAAUAACAAAAGUCACCUCAUGGUCGCUUAUCUAUCUGGUAAUUACACUCAAACAAAUGCAAAUGAAUGAAAGGUCAUUGGCCCUUGGCCUGGUAAAUGUGCUUUUGUUAUACAAGGGGGAGAAGUUCACCAAAUCUAACUGCUGCACCUAAUUGCUGCACCCAUAUCAUAUACCCCAGCAGUAUACUGUAUGUACCACAAUUACGACCCUGGUCAAAGCCAGUAUUGGGGUCAUGGUUUGGUUUGAGAAGGACACAUGGACACCUUUUUACUUACAGCUGACAAGCAAAAGAUAGUGGUAGAUUUUCUGAGUUGUGAAAGUUGUUAUAUCACAUACGUUAGGUGUGUGUGUGACUACUGUAUACCAAUGCUCUGUUAUUGAAAUGUUUUCUAACAAUGCCUUUGUGUGUGUGUGUGUGUGUGUGUGUGUGUGUGUGUGUGUGUGUGUGUGUGUGUGUGUGUGUGUGUGUGUGUGUGUGUGUGUGUGUGUGUGUGUGUGUGUGUGUGUGUGUGUGUGUGUGUCAGAGAGGGUGAGGAUGGCCAAUUCUGUGAAGAGGUCAAUGUAGUCAACAUAAGUGGUGUAUGACCCUUGGUUCAGUGAUCCCCCUCUACACUUUACAGAUCAAAGUCCUCCAUUUACAGCUCAACUUAUUUCAUUUUGGAGAUAUGGCUGUGCAACAGGCAACACAUUGCUAAGUGUAUGGGGCAAUGGCUAAAUGAGUGUGUUUAUCUCACUUUAAGUAAUCUAGUGAUAUAUUUGUCAUGUAUUGUGCUUCGGGUGAAACUGAAUGUUCCCUCUGCUGUUAUACAUGGUAUUGUAUUGCGUAACUGACAGAUAGUUUGCAUCCUUGUGUGUGUGGUUGUGUGUUUUUUAAUAAACAAAUGAUAUCUCUUUUUAACAUGUUGGCUACAAUAAAUGUCCGUUGAAUAAUGCUAUCAAUAAAAUGAAUACAUUUUGCUACA